GCGGUGGCGGGAGGGUCCGAUGCACCGGGCCGGGAGCGGGGCCGGAGCUGCCGCGACACAGACACCCGGGGGCUUCCGAGGGUUUGGCAGGAGGAGCUGGCGCUGCAGCGCUGUGGACAGAGGGGACUUCACAGGCGGCAUCUAUGGCACCAGCCUCCCGCUCACCAGCCUCUCCGACUCCCGCCAGAAUAUACAUACCAGUGAUUUGGAACAUGAUGUCCACCUUCCUGAAAAUAAAUACUGUCUGUCGGGAGACGAGACUGGCACAAGAGGUGUUCUUUCAAGCAAGUUGCACAAGGAUGCUUACACAACAGCAGUGGAACAACUGGCAGAUCUUAGGUUGUCAAAAAAUAGGACUAGAAGAACACAGCUCAGUCAAAAUAAUAGCAAGGAAGGGAUGUUUUGUUCCUGGAGAUAUACACACGAUCAAAGCAAUACUACUGUGAACAGAGACUCCAAUAAGCCGCUAGUGGAAACUCUUUCCAGCUCACAGGGUAAUUCUUUAAACUUCUUUACUGUUAAUCCCACAUUGAUGGGGGCCCAUCUGAACAGCUAUCACACAGUGUCUUACCAGGGACCUCAGCAGCUGCCAUUAGGAAUCUACUGGACAAAUGGAGAUGGGGAUUUUUUCAAGGCCAGAAAUGAAACCACAGUUUCUGACUCCUAUCCUGCUACAGAAAGUAGUAGUGAUGACACUGUCUAUGUCCCCCAAUGGAAUUUGAAGUUGCGAAACAGUAGUGUUGAGAACAGUCUUUUAACAGAGGAAGGUGAUGUAUCUCAGAGUGAAAAAGUGAAUGAUGUUUUGCUUAGUUAUUUCAAAUAUAUGGAUCUGAACUUACGACCAGAAACUAUAGAAAACAUUGAAAAAGCUUCCUCCAAGCACCAAAAUGAAGUGUUUCCAUACCCUGAUUUUCUCCCGCCACCUUUCAAUAACCUGGACUUACAAAAGUUGGCCUUAUCAAAAUGGGAUGACUGGAAGGAAGUCUUUAAUCCACCACCGGAAAGCUCUGUUGUGAAAUUAAUAUCUCGUCUGUUGGAAAUUGAACGGAUGCAGCACUUGACUAUAUUAAAAGAGAAGACAAGAGUCCUGACAGUAUCUUCCAAUCUGAUGCUUGGCAAUCGACCCAGUUCCACAAAAUCCAUGCAUCAGUCGAAGCAGUCAAGACUAUCUGACCCUUUAUGUCUUCAGACACCUUUUAAUCGAGACUGUCAAGAGAAAAAUAAAUCCAACCAUUCUGGCUGCUGCACGCAGGAGUGGAACAGCUCAAAAUGCACUUGGGAGUACUGUCAUAAUUGCAAAUGGAAUGCUGGAACAUCCUCCCUUAGAAGUUCAUCCACAAAGCAGCUUAGAGCAUCUUGUGAUGCCUUUAAAAGCUCCAAGCCCCCCCUCAUUUUAAACUCUAACAUGCUCUUGCGGAGGUCUUCCUCAUGCUGUGUGGCGGCACCAAGAACUCAAUCAACUGUUAAAUUGACUUCCCCAAAGCUACUGCCACCAAGUACAACUAUAUCCAGUCCUUUCCCUGAUAAGGACAGUUUAAAAUAUAAACAGCCAAGGACGAAAAAGAAACUCUACAGAAAAAACGUAGUAACGAGUAAGACUUUUCAUUGCCAGAAGUUAAAAUCUGUAUCUGCUAUGCCAAAGCAGAAGUACACUCACACUGACAAACAGUAAUUUCUUGAAUUCAUACUUCUCAUUAUGAGUGAGUCCUGCUAAGCAAUCUUAUUUUAGCUUGAUUUUUGUCAAGUUAAAGUAUUUUUAAUGGUAUGAGACAGAAGUAAUAUGAAAUAGCACUUGUGACAAUUGAAUCCACUUGUAUUGUAGAAAAAUCAAGUUUCAUCCCUCUGCCUGCUGACAUCCUUUACAGACCAUUUGUGUAACUUUUAAAAGAAUUGGAUCAAUAUAAGCAUACCAGCAGAUCAUCCCGUUCCAGAGUGCAACUAUAUAUUUUUAAAUGUUUACAAAAGUAAUAUCAAUAAAUAUAGUUAUAUUACACUAGCACCCAGAAAAUCCCACUCAGCAUCAGUGCUCCCCCAUGCGCUAGGUGCUGUACUAAUACAUGGGAAGAUACGGUGUCAGCCAUAGAGAAUUCACAAUCUAAGUGCAAUAUGAAGGGUGGGACGGGAGAUCGAAAAAUACAAUUUCCAUACAUGUGUCAUUUUUUUCUGAUGCAUAGAUUAAAGACCAAUGGUCUGAUUAGACACAUGGGAAAAUACUGAAGCAAAAUGAAUGUAGUGCAUUUCUAUCAAUAUGUAAUCCCUCUUUUCCUCAAACAAGGAAAUUAAACGGAAAAGCUAAAUUGAUGAAGUUUGCUGUACAUGCCUAGAAAUCAAGAAAUUCAGAAUUAUGGUUCCUAUUGCAACCAUAGUUGUCCUUGUGUAUGAGACACCUUCCUCCCCCACCCCCCACAAAACCUAUGUUAUCUGAUACUCUGGUGGCGCAGAUUAGAAAUUCUGUAGCAGUUCCAUUUAAAAUUCUAUUUUAAUUGGGAAUAGUGUAUGGACUUCAAUGUUACUUAUUCAAAUAUUAAAUUUGAUGUUAUACUACCCUAACAUGUUCAUUAUGUGUCACAGAUUUUGGUACUGACAAGUAAUUGAACCAUAGAAGUUGUCAGAGGAGUAAACUGGAGAUUUUUGGCACCUGAAAAGGUGGAGGGUUGUUACUGUAUUGCUAAAAUGAUCAGCAGUGAAAUAGUUAUCAAUGCUGACAUUUCAAAUAGCUUUAGGUUUCAGGGUUACCAGUCCUCAGCACCUCUCAGCAUUAACUGAGGAAGAUGGCAGGACAUCAGUUUACAGUCUUCUUCACAUAUUCAAGGAUAAUUUUCUUGAUGCAAGCCAGAAACAAUUGUUUUAAAAACCCUGAAAUUUUAGCUACUGGAGCUCAUUUGUACAAGGGCUGGAUAUUACACUCACAGGCCAUGCUACAUUGUAUUCUAUAAUGCAAUACAUUCCUAUAAGUGCUUCUCGUCAGAGCAACUUACACACAAUUACAUCUCAACAUCCUGGAGUUUAAGGUAAACAGUAGUACAGGAGGGGAAGGAAGGCGGCGAUUGCCACUUUAACACCCUGAUUUUAGUUGCUUAUCAUUUUUCAACUCUCAUCUUUGGGGCUGAAAGAGGAAGGGGCAGAGCACUGAGUUGGAAUCAUGCAUCAGCAGUCUCUGCUGGCAGGGCUCUUGUGGAACCCUGGGGAGAAACGAAAGCUUCUCCCCACCCUGUAGAAAUAUGAAGGGAGUGCAUUAUCAAGGGAGCAUAGCUUGAGUGAAUCUGGCUGAUGAGCUUAAACAAUUCUUAUUCUGAUGAGAGCUCUUGGGAGCAAUUGGCUGUUCCCCCACCUCUCCCACACACUGAUUGCUAGAUCUCAUGGUUGUGAGAGGGCCUGUGUAAAUCACCCACUCCCACUGGUGGGUUGAGCAGGAUAAUAAGACCCCUGUAUUCAAGAACUUGAGGACUUUUCAGUCACCAACAACUUUAACAUCCAGCUUUGCACCACAAACUGAUUAAGACCUUCUCAGCCAGGCCUGCGCAGAAGACCUUUUCAAAGUGAUUAGCAUUCACUGAAGUUACAAUUAUACACUUUAAUGAGAAGAUAUUUCUCAAACUUCACCAUGAAAUUAAAUGGGUCUGUUCUCUAGGACCUACAGAGUACUAAUUUUCAUACUAGAUACACAAUUAAAGAUCCCAAGUACAGAUAAAUCCAGUUGUAAGAACACUCUCUGCAUGCUCUCCUGGCUCAUUGCCGUUUUGUCCCAAAACAGAUGUCUUGUUUAAUGCUCACUUUAAAUAGGAAGUUUUCUAAAAGUAUUUAGGGGCCUGAUCUUGACAACUACCAAGCACCCGCAACUCCCAGCCAGUGGCUGUACUGGCAGAAAAGGGAUGCAUAAUAUGCCAGCAGUGCAAUUCUACCAGUGGAAUCUAUAUUAUAGAGAGAGCUUUCAGAUUUCUAUCACCAUGCUACUUAACUAACCCGCUGGUGAGCUUUGAAGUUCAAAAACAGGACCAAUGAUCGAUAGAGAACCAGAGUAGUGACUGGAGCGCUGUGCACUUAUCAGCUCAGCUGCUUUCUGUAUCACUUGGAGUUUCCUUAGGUCCCAAUUCAAGGAAACAUCCUUAGUAAAGGACAGCAUUUAAGGUGUGUUUAAGAUGCAAUGAAGUCACUAUAUGCUUAAAUGUUAUCCUGAACAACAGUGGUAAUAAUCACAUGCUUAAGAGCUCUAAUGAAUUGGGGCCCUAGAAUCUAGAACCUCCAAAUGGUCCUAAACCUUCUUUUCCAUACCUUCCACGCUGGAUUUCUCAAAGCAGCUGUGGACCUACACAUAUGACUAAUUGUAUCUUGAAUCAGAGUUUUGGAUUGCAUGGGGAUAAAAACACAAAACACCUCCUGAACUCAAAACUGACACCAGAACCCUUCCACCCUCUAAACAAGAAAUUGCACUCGUAUUGCUCAUGGUGAGCAGCUCACUGCUGCUGGAACUGGUUUAUUAUUACACCUGGAGAAAAUAUAGUUCAUAUUUAGGCGCAACCUGCAGUUGUUACAUUUUAAAAAUUUAUUAGCUCAGCUCUUGUAAGCCCCAAAUGAUAAAUAAUGUAUCUUACAGAUCAAUGCAAACUGUGAGCCAGAACUCAUUUACAUUUUCUCCUGCUAAAUCGAACAAUUUUGGAACAAAGAUUUAUCCCAGAGGGUUUCAAAUGAAAUCUAUCUAACAAUUUUUCAGGAUAAAUGUUUUGCGAGUUGAAGUAUCUGCAUAAUUGCAUUUUAUUUAUAAGCUCUUGAAAAUGCAGCCAUAAAUUUUAAAUAAACUUGACAUGUUUCUCUGAACAAAUGCUGCCAGCUGUGACAGCUGGCUGGUGGUGAAUAACAGUCAUCUCAGAACUCACUUAACCAUUGUGCCAUGACUGGGUUAUCAGUGACUAAGACGGAGUGAUUAGAAUCAGCAUCUUUGAAAGGUGCGAAGCUACCAACCAGCACAUCACCCGGUUCAGGUCGGCUGAUAUUCACUGAGUCAGCCCAAGAUGUACUCAUUUGCUUAUUUUCCAUUUAAAACUAUUGGCUAAGGCCAAUCUGGUUUAUAUUGGUAACAUUUUCAUUAAUACCUAUACCUAUAUAUGAAAUGGCAUAUCACUCACAACUGCACUUGAAAACAAUGAAUCACUUCAUAUGUGAAGUUGGAAAGUCUUCAGAUUGAGGGGUUCAAAAAUAGUUUAUAAAAGAUCAUUCUAAUUAUGAAAAAAUGUUCAGUCUAUCAUAAUAUAUUAUUAAUGUCAGAAUUAUUCUAACAAGUGCAUAACUAUAUGCGUGAUGAGGGGAGGGGGGGAGAAAGAAGCAUUUAUAUUCACUGUCCAUAGCAGCAUACAACAGGAAAUAGAAAGAGGAAAAUCUCACAUGUUAGUUGCUGUAAGUUACUGGUAUGGAUAGUAAAAGAUGUUACACUUGAGACUUAAAAAAUAAUCACUUUACAUAAAAAUUUGACCAACUUACAGUCUGGUGAGUGCCUCUUUCUUUGAAAAAUUGACAUGAAGAAAAAAACAAAACAAGAUGUGGAUUUGGGCCCUAUUUUUGUUCUUUCUGAUGUAUAAAGGCAGCCUGACAGGGUUUUUUUCUUUUUGCUCUUUUCUUUUUUUAAACAGUUUGGAAACAUCAAGAACAUGAUGAUCUCUAUUCUGUUUUCCCUGUUUUGCUGGAGGUCUCCUUUGGAAGACUAAGAUAUGGAUUGGAAGCUCUCAGUCCUUCAUUAAAGGGCUAUUGAACCUUUAGCAAAAGAGCUCUUCUGAUUGUCAAGCAUUUGAGUUAAAGAGGGAUUUACAAAAAUGAACACAAAGCUAAAGUUUUAAAUAGUCAAUAAAAAAAUUACUUCUCUCUUCAAUCAAAUUGCACUUGUUUGGUUAAUAUCAUAAACCUACUAGUUGUCCAAUUGUUCAUAGAGUCUCCCAGGACUCCAAGACCCAUAAUGGAAGUACUAGGGGAAAAAAUUGGGGGGGAGGGGAGGCAGCAACUUUUCUUUUCACUUGCAGAUCAUUUUUCAUUACACUCGUCUGUUGACAGGAAAUUAGAGCCAUCAUUCCAAAUUUCAGUGUGUGCAACAGUCUUGUAGGGUAUUUCCUAUAAUUCCACAGUAGUCAAGUAUUUUAUUCAUUAGCAUACACAGCAUCUGUUAAAAGGUAUCUGUGAAGCUACACAAGUUUUUCAGAGAAUAAUUAUAAUAAAACUGGACCAAAUGGGUCAAUAUAGGUCACUAGCAAGGCCUCAAAUUGGACCCUUUUGAUUAAUAGAUUUUCAAGGGGACUGUCCCCAUCAUGUUGAUUGGACCUGUCUUUGCAUGUGACAGUACGAAACCAGACUGAAAGAUGUAAAAUAAAAAAAAUCCAAUCGGUCCAGAUGGAAUUGGAGCAUCUUACCCAUUCUCUUCUCAAAAUUGGAGAUAAUUAAAACUGUGCUUUUAUAUACAGAGGAGGAGAGCUAUAACUAGCAUGUCUACAGCAGCACGCUAGUGCUUGACUAGAUUUUUCAGAGCUGCACACCGUAGUGGUGAUAAAUGAUAUGCUAGUGCACAAGCAGACAAGUAAACAACACAGCAGCAAGUGUGGCUGCCUUUUGUUUUAAAGGUCCCACAUUCAGUACAAUGGAAACGUGACAAAAAAAGGAUUAAAAAAGGAUGACCAAGAAAAGAGAAAACAGAGACAUGCUGUCAACUACCAGUAUUGGAGAAUUUAAAAAAAACCCUAAAUCACUACUUGGGAAUGUCACUUUAAUUAUACUCCUACUACAUUCCGCAUUGAUCAGCUUGCUUUUGAACUAGAAAUUCCCAUGAAAUCUUGAUGCGUAGUUUAGUGUAAAUCCUUUUCAGAUUCAUUUCUAACACUGGCAAAAUAAUUGGUAGCUUGCUGUGGACAUGCCUUUAGGAGACAACUGUAAAUACCAUCUUUCCUCCUUCAGAAGUUUGAACAAGAAUGAUGCUUACUGAGUCAUCCCAGCCGUUUAAGAAACUGAUUCAGGCUAUGCUGCUGCAUAGAACUGCUUUGGCCAUGACCCUGGCUACAGUUAAAUAGGAUCUAGCCAUUUGAUUGUUUCCUAUGUUU